GCGACCUGUUUCUCCGUUCGAUCAAACCCGGCCGCGAAUAUGUAAGCCGAGUCACGAGUGGCGAACCACCAGUGGUGCAUGGAACGCAGCAAUCGGGCGCAAUCAUGACGCUCCCAGUGAAAUACAGUGCCAUAAAACCGCCGCCACCGUCGUCGAUGAAGCUGCUGGACGUGAAUCGGUAUGUGAUAGGGUUCGUGCUGGCGCUCUUGCUGCUGGCGCUCUGGUUCGGCGGCGGCACCGGCGGCGAGGCGGGCGGCGAACGGCUGUCGCUCGACCUGGCCGACAUCCCGCAGGUGGUGCUCGACAAGGAGGCGGAGCUGGCGCGGGCGCGCAACCGGAACUGCUCGUACUGGGACUGCUUCAACGUGUACCGCUGUGGGCAGCGGUCGGUGGCCAGCGGGUUUGGCGGCGCGGACGGCAGCCAGGAGCGCAUCUCGAUCUACGUCUACCCGCUGAAGGAGUACGUGGACGCGGACAGCAAGCGGGCCGCGUUUCAGCUAUCAAAAGAGUUUCACACGAUCCUCAAAACCAUCGUCAACAGUCCGUACUACACGUCCAAUCCGAACGAGGCAUGCCUUUUCAUGCCGACGCUGGACACACUCAAUCAAAACCGCAUCGAUACGACGCUGGUGGGCAAAGCCCUCGCAUCGCUACCAUACUGGGAGAACGGGGAGAAUCAUCUCAUCUUCAACUUCAUCGCCGGCUCCAAGCCGGACUACAACACGGUGCUCGAUGUGAACACGGACCGUGCCAUAAUCGUGGGGGCCGGCUUCGACAGCUGGACGUUUCGGUCGGACUUCGACCUUGCCAUACCGAUGUACAGCCCGGUGCAGGAGCAGAGCCGACCACGGAAGCCGCCGGAGCGCACCGUGCUGCUCGUGUCGGCACAGCUCAACAUUUUCCCGCGCCAGUUUCGCAUCCUGCAGGAGCUCACCUACGACUACCCGAACGAUAUACUGCUGCUGCAGCGCUGCCCGACGUCUACGGCAAAGUCGGCCGACGAAGCGUUCGACGGGCAGCGGCAGCCGUCGCUGGUCGCUGGCGAAACGCCCGAGCAGAAGGACAUCCGGUGCAACUUCCCGCAGGGCAACGAGUACGAGUAUCCGUCCGUGCUGGCGAGCGGGACCUUCUGCUUGAUAGCGCGAGGCGUCCGACUCGCCCAGCCCACGCUGCUGGAAGCGAUGGCGGCUGGCUGCAUUCCGGUCAUCAUGGCGGACAAUCUGAUAUUGCCGUUCAGCGACGUGCUCGACUGGGAGCUGCUUUCGCUGCGCAUCUACGAGAGCGCCCUGCACACGGUCGUGCCGGUGCUGCGCUCCGUGUCGGCGCAGCGGGUGCACGAGAUGCAGGCGCAGGUGCGGCUCGUCUACGAGCGAUACUUUUCGUCGCUCGAGCGCAUCGUGCUAACCGCGCUCGAUCAGCUGAACGAUCGCAUCUUUCCCCACCGGAGCCGGACGUACCUGCACUGGAACGUGGCGCCGGAGCGGCAGGCGACGCACAACCCGCUCUUCCUGCCGCUUAUCGCGCCGAAGGCGCACGGUUUCACCGCCGUCAUCCUCACGUACGAUCGCAUCGAGAGCCUGUACAUACUCAUCCAGAAGCUGGCGACCGUGCCGUCGCUGCAGAAGAUACUGGUCGUGUGGAACAACCAGCGGAAGGCGCCACCGCACCCGUCGCUCUUUCCCAAGGUGGGCAAGCCGCUCAAAAUCAUCCAGACGUCGGCGAACCGGCUGUCGAACCGGUUCUACCCGUACGAGGAGAUCGAAACCGAGGCCAUCCUCACGAUCGACGACGACAUCGUGAUGCUGACCGCCGACGAGCUCGACUUCGGCUACGAGGUGUGGCGCGAGUUCCCGGACCGGAUCGUCGGCUUCCCGAGCCGGACGCACGUCUGGGACAACGCGACCGGCCGGUGGCGGUACGAGUCCGAGUGGACCAACCAGAUCUCGAUGGUGCUGACCGGGGCCGCCUUCCACCACAAGUACUGGAGCUACCUGUACACGAACGCGAUGCCGGGCAACAUCAAGGAGUGGGUGGACGAGCACAUGAACUGCGAGGACAUCGCGAUGAACUUUCUCGUCAGCAACGUCACGAAGAAGCCGCCGAUCAAGGUGGCGCCGCGCAAGAAGUUCAAGUGCCCCGAGUGCACCAACAACGAGAUGCUGUCGGCCGACCUCAACCACAUGACCGAGCGGUCCGCCUGCAUCAACCGGUUCGCCGAGAUCUACGGCACGAUGCCGCUCCGCACGGUCGAGUUCCGCGCCGAUCCGGUGCUCUUCAAGGACAACUUCCCGGAGAAACUGAAGCGCUUCAACGACAUCGGCAGCCUGUAACGGAUGCUCCAGACCAAUCACAUGUGCGCGAGGACACAACAGUCAUUUACAUUCAUACACACACCGACACACACACACGU